AUGGCAUCUGACGAUCAGCAAUCCAGUAUGCUGGAGGCUCUACAGGAGAUUCAGCGCACGCAGGCUCUUCUAGUGAACGCGGUCGAAUCGCUAUCUGGUAAAUCGAUCGAGGAAUCAGGUGGAGAUGUUGGCAAGAACACCAUCCUUGAGCCAGGUUCUCGUGAAGAUGACAAUGAGGGCGGAACACCUUCAGUAGAAGUCCCUGCUGCCUCUGGAGAUAAAUUGAAAGCUCCUGCACUUCCCUCGCCCGACCAGCGCCAGCAGCAAGGAUACACUUCGCGUAUUAUUCUGACGACUUACCCCAAGCAGAUUGGAAUUAAUCCUUUACCCAUGGACUGGGGAAAUCAAGACCCCGUUAAGCGUGGCCCUAUCGUAGUUUCAAGGGCUGCUUCUACUAUUCGACGUCGUAAUGGUUCGUCCGUCCGUCCGUCUGUGUCUGUGAUGCAUCCGUUGGAGCCCAGUGAGUUCUCAAUCACCGUUCAUUCCGAGAGAAACCAUGCUAAACAGGUUGUUAGUGGUGGUUCGUACUCGAUCUACUAUGCCCUCGCCGUUGCCAGCAACGAAUUGAACGCCGACCACCGUCCCGACUUCACCAAUACCGAGCCGGCCGCGAACAUUGGCCCUUUCCCUCAAUGGGGAGACUCCAAGAAGAUUGUUGCCAUGGACCCCUGGGGACAUCUCGCUCCUUGGCUGUUCAAGGACACCAUCGAGAAGGACAACGUCGAUAUUCGACCAACCAUUGCCAUCACCAAGGCUCAUAUGAAGCUUCCUGAACUUGCCGAAAGUGUCAAGGCCGGUCGACUUGUCCCCGAUGGCAAGGUUUGCCUGAACGAUCAGGGUGAACUGGCUGUCACCAAGUUUGCCGUUGAACCGGUCUGGUACCUCCCCGGUGUGGCAGAGCGAUUCGGUAUUGACGAGGCCACCCUACGACGUUCCCUGUUUGAGCACACAGGAGGAAGCUACCCAGAGCUUAUCACCCGCGGGGACAUCAAAGUAUUCCUUCCUCCGAUUGGUGGUCUCACUGUGUACUGCUUCGGAGAUCCUGCCAAGAUGUCGGAUGAAUCGGUUCGACUGUCUCUGCGUAUCCACGACGAGUGCAACGGUAGCGACGUGUUCGGAUCUGAUAUCUGUACUUGCCGUCCUUACUUGAUCUUUGGUAUCGAGGAAGCGGUCAAAGAGGCUCAGAAUGGUGGCAGUGGUGUUGUCAUCUACUUCAGAAAGGAAGGCCGUGCGUUGGGAGAGGUCACCAAGAUCUGGGGUACUAAUUCUGGGGUAGUGGUCUACAACGCCCGUAAACGCGGAGCCGAUCGCGCAUCGGACUAUUUCAAGAGGACCGAGAACAUUGCAGGUGUCAAGGACAUGCGAUUCCAGGCUCUCAUGCCGGAUAUCCUGCACUGGCUGGGCAUCAAGAAGAUUGACAGGAUGCUUAGCAUGAGCAACAUGAAGCAUGAUGCGAUUGUCGGACAAGGAAUCCCCAUUCAUGAGAGGGUCGAGCUUCCAGAAGAACUGAUACCCGCUGACUCGCGAGUCGAAAUUGACGCCAAGAUUACAGCUGGCUACUUCACCACUGGUAAACGUAUGACUACCGAAGAGCUCCAGGCGGUCCAGGGAAGAAUAUGGGAAGACUUCGAUCAUUAA